CCCCCCAAUUCCCCCCCCAAUCACGUGUUUACCCAAGCUAAGCUUACUAGCUGACUAAUCAUCAUCAUACCCAAAAACUCCUCAAUACCACUAGUAAUUCACAAGUAUCAAAGAAUAUUCAAGCCAUAACAACUUCAUUCUCCAACACACCCUCCAAUCCACGCACCCAUUUCUCUUCACACAUAACCACCCCCAACUAAAUAUCUCACACCACAAAAACAAUCAAUAAAAUGGCACCCAAAACCCAACGCGUAGUCGUCGAACGCUCCGGCCGUCGCCCCGCUCAACAAAAAGGUUAUUUCGCAAGCACGUAUGGUGCGUUGACGGCGCCGGAAAAUGCGAGUGUAGUGAGGAGUAUUGGGGUUUUUGGGGUUGCGGUGGCGUUUUUUGCGAGUAGUUGGAGCGAGUAUCUUUUGCCGCCUUUGUAAAGAAUGAUAAGGAUUGGCAAUGGAGAUGGUGAUGAGAAUUGUAUGGGAUUGGAUUGGGACUGGAAUAUUGAUAUAUGGAAUCGACAAACGAAAGGCGGCAGAGUGAUGAUGAGAGAGGAGAUCUCUUAAUGACGACGACAAUGUGCAAUGGAUUACCUAGGUCGCAGAUGAAUGCAGCAGUCAGUGGAAGAAAUGUAUGAUAGGAUGGAUGCAUGACGAAAAGCGGAAUGAAAGUGAUGGGAUAUGAUUGCGAGGAUGAUUCUGAAAACGAGGAUGUGUAUGUGUAUACAUAGCAUGGAAAGAGGGCGUUGAUAUCUACUUAUUGUGAAUAGAUCUCUACUUCCUAUGUACUAGUUAUGUUGUCUUUGGAGGCGGUUGUGAUUAGUGAUUUGUGUUUUUUGUGAGAUGGGC